GCCUGCCUCUAUAUCGUAUAACUUUCACAAUGCCCAGAAGUCGAUAGAUAUUGGAAGACAAGACGAUAGAAAAUAGACUUCGAAUGUUCUCUUAGAGCAAACCGAGCCGAUUACCAUUCUAACCAAUUAUGGUAGCAGGUACCAGAUAUGCACAGACCGCAUAUUGGCGGAUACUCAAGCUCUGGAUCCAAAGACGAACCGCACUUUUAUUCCAUCAUUGACUUCCAUCGAUAAUGUAGGCUCUUCACUACUCUUUGAAUACCCUAUUUGCAACAUCCGCAAUGCAGUCCCUAAUUCACGUCCAUUUCCCUUCAAUCAUUCCUUAUGCUACAGCUGCACGCCUACAAGAGUCUCUCGUUGCGCGGUUUCUCGCCUCGAAGCCUCCAUCUUCUCUUGCCUCUCCACCUCCGCACAUCAUAACCGCGGAGUUCAACCCUGUAUAUACUAGCGGUAGACGAGAGGUUGGCAAUGUUUCCCAGGACCAACAGAACUUCCUACGGGCCAAUGGCCGUGCCGAUUUUGUAGAAGCGAUGCGCGGCGGCCAGACUACCUUUCAUGGUCCUGGUCAACUCGUGACAUAUCCUAUCAUCGAUCUACGCGCACAUAAACUCACGCCCAGGAGCUAUGUGUGUCUUCUAGAGAAAGGUCUCAUUGCUACAUGCGCAAAGUAUGGGAUCAAAGCUAUUACGACAGAAAAUACUGGAGUCUGGACAUCCCAAGAUGAUAAGAUCGCCGCCCUUGGUGUGCAUAUGAGACGGAACAUUACAAGCCAUGGGAUUGCACUCAAUAUCAACACGGAUCUGUGGUGGUUUGAUAGAAUCGUUGCUUGCGGGCUCGAAGGAAAGAAGACGACGACCUUCGAAAAGCAAGGAGUGAAGGGCGAGUCUGUUGAGAGUGUGGGGAAUGCCUACGCAGAAGAGAUUGCGGAGAGGUUGGGUCUGGAUGUCGUGGAGAGAAGAAGCGUGGAGGAAGUGGAGGCUUAUCUAAAAGAUGGUUGACGAAACUACGAUCAGGAAUUAAACACGCCAUCCAAACAUGCUCAACUGUGUAAGCACGGCUGCGUCUUUUGGAGUCUUGGAAUGCAUAGCGUGGUCUGCAUACAUUCAAGGCCGAUAUCGCCAGACAAUUGAGUGAUCGUUCGACUAUCUGC